AGCUUCCCCUCUCUCUAAACACACAUUUAUUACUCCCUUCGUUCCAAGCUGCUUGCUCCAUAAUAUUCCAUUUCUCCUUCGUUCCAAGCUACUUGCUCCAUAAUAUUCCAUUUCAGUACACCAUGACGAAAGUGGACUACGAAAACAAGCCAUCAUGCAACACUAGCGCCCCCUUAAAGCUCUUCGGCUUCCACGUCACCGAGGAGGAAGACCAAGAAGAGGACUCCUCCUCCGCCACGCGGCCGGACCCACCCGGUGGCCGCCGAUACGAGUGCCAAUACUGCUGCCGCGAGUUCGCCAACUCGCAGGCCCUCGGCGGCCACCAAAACGCCCACAAGAAGGAGCGGCAGCAGCUCAAGCGCGCCCAGAUGCAAGCCACGCGCAACGCCGCCGUCUCCUACAUGCGAAACCCCAUCGUCUCCGCCUUCGCCCCGCCCUCCCACCUCCUCUCCGCCGCCCACGCGCCGCCGCCGUGGGUCUACGCCCCACGCGCCCCGCCCCCCUUCCACGUGUCGCACGGGUGCGUCUUCUCCGCGGGCCCCUCUGCCCCAAGCGGGCCUAGCGUUGGGCCUUCUUCGAAGCCCAUUUUGGGGUAUAAUGGGCCGUCGCUGAGUAGAUUUUCGAGUGAUAAUGGGCCUAGCUUUGACGAUGGGUUUGGGCUGGAUCUGCAUCUCAGCUUGGCUCCAGCCGCGCCGUGAGGACUCUCUCGGCUUCAAUCGGAUUUUUCUGUACAUUUUUUUCUUCUUCUGAUUUAUUGAUUUAUUUUUCCUCUUCUUCUCUAGUGACACAUUUAAAUUUUUUUAAAAAAAGUGCUCUCUUUACUUUAAUUUUAAAUUUAACACUAGAUGAAAUUUAUGUAACUAAUUCGGAAUUUGUGGGUCCCGCAUUGUAAUGUAUUUCGUUCGAUCCAAUUGGUAGUUAGAGUUAUAAUAAUAGGAUUGGAAAUAUUAGUAUAGUUUUGAUGUCC